AUGGAUUCAGGAGAAAGAAGAAGCCAAUUUAUUGGCAGUAGGGUUCCUUCAAUUGAAAUAGAAGGGGAAGAAGAGUUUCAAGAAGAAGAUGUGUGGUCUGUUUUGAGAGAAGAAGAAACUCUAGGCCAUGGAAUGAAAAUACCCAAAAGUCAUUUCUCUUCCUCAUCUACUUCUUCUUCAUCUUCACCAUGGCACAUUCGUAGAAGCAAGGAGGUCUCAGGGGCAAAACAGUCAUCUGCACCCAUGAAUGUUCCUGACUGGUCCAAGGUUUAUGGUAACACAAAGAGCAGCCAAAGUAGUCAUUUGCAUUCUCACGUAGACGAUGACGACAAUGAUGAUGGUUGCAUGAUUCCUCCACAUGAAUGGGUUGCAAGAAAGCUAGCAAGAACACAGAUCUCAUCCUUCUCUAUGUGUGAAGGAAUUGGAAGAACACUCAAAGGAAGAGAUCUAAGCAAAGUGAGGAAUGCUGUUUUGACGAAAACUGGAUUCUUGGAUUUCUUACGAUCAUCGAUUCUUUGGAUAACCGAUCGAAUCGCCAUGGCUAAGAACUCCUUCAAACUUUCUAAUCCUCUCGAGAUGAGAAUGGCUGAAUCUUCUCGUAUCAGAGAGAAAUACCCAGAGAGAGUUCCGGUGAUUGUGGAAAAAGCUGGACAGAGUGAUGUUCCUGACAUUGACAAGAAGAAGUAUCUUGUACCAGCUGAUCUAACCAUUGGACAGUUUGUGUACGUUGUGAGGAAAAGAAUCAAGCUCGGAGCUGAAAAAGCCAUCUUUGUCUUUGUCAAGAACACAUUACCCCCAACCGCUGCAUUGAUGUCUUCAAUCUAUGAAGAACACAAGGACGAAGAUGGGUUUCUCUACAUGACGUACAGUGGAGAGAACACAUUCGGAUCUGCCUGUUGA